CUGCCGGAAGUACUAAGAAAAGGGGGAGGUAAAGAAAAGUUCAUACAGUUUAUUGUAAUUCUAUUCAGCGGCAACAUUUCCAGCGGUGAGAGCCAGGAAAAAAAACAGCUGAAUUUCUAUUCUUCAUGUAACAAAGAGUAAAUUAGUGGGGUCGUAUUGAAGGAUUCUGGUUGUAUUUGAGUUUACUCUGCUAUAAGGAAAAUGGGAUUGCCAACACUGGAAUUCAGCGAUUCUUUCCUGGACAGUCCAGAUUUCAGGGAACGUCUUAAGUGUCAUGAAAUUGAGCUGGACCGGACCAACAAAUUCAUUAAAGAACUGAUAAAAGACGGGAAUACGCUUAUCGCGGCGCUGAAAAAUCUUUCAGCAGCGGUACAGAAGUUCUCUCAGUCACUUCAAGAGUUCCAGUUCGAAUGCAUUGGGGAUGCGGAAACGGAUGAUGAAAUUAACAUUGCCAAGUCUUUUAAGGAGUUUUCCCAGCUGUUAAACACCGUGGAGGAAGAAAGGAGGCGGCUGAUACAAAAUGCAGAUGACGUCUUGAUCACACCACUGGAGAAGUUUCGUAAAGAGCAAAUCGGCGCGGCUAAAGAAGGGAAGAAGAAAUUUGACAAGGAAACUGAAAAAUAUUACUCAGUGUUGGAGAAGCAUAUAAAUUUGUCAUCAAAAAAGAAAGAGGCCUUUUUACAGGAGGCAGAUAUGCAGAUCGAUAAAGAAAGACAAAUCUUUUAUGACGCCUCUCUUGAAUACGUCUACAAAAUUCAGGAAGUUCAAGAGAAGAAGAAAUUUGAAUUUGUAGAACCACUGCUAGCAUUUCUCCAGGGUCUGUUCACCUUCUACCAUGAAGGCUAUGAGCUCGCACAUGAGUUUGAGCCCUACAAGCAGCAGCUGCAGUUCAACUUACAAAAUACUAGAAACAACUUCGAGAGUACGAGGCAGGAAGUGGAGAAGUUAAUGAAGAGGAUACGGUCUGUGGAUCAGGACUACAAAGCCCCGGGACAAUGGACCAUGGAGGGCUUUCUUUAUAUCCAAGAAAAACGCCCCCUGGGAUGCACAUGGACGCGGCACUACUGUACAUAUGACAAGUCGGCCAAGACAUUCACCAUGACAAACACAGAAAAUAAAUCUAGUGCCAAACAGAAUGGCCUCGUUGUGAAUUCGCCUGAGACGUUCAAGCUGAAAUCCUGCAUCCGGAGGAAGACCGAUUCAAUUGACAAGCGCUUCUGUUUUGACAUUGAGGUGGUGGAGAGAAAUACCGUCUAUCAUGGAACUUUUUUCAGACCUCUUCAAAUUUUCUAUAAAGCCCGGCAUGGCAUCAUCACCUUACAGGCCCUGUCUGAGUCCAACAGGAGACUCUGGUUGGAGGCGAUGGAUGGCAAGGAGCCGAUAUACACUCUGCCAGCGCUUCUUAGCAAGAAAGAAGAGAUGUUCCUGAAUGAGGCCGGCUUUAAUUUUGUGAAGAAAUGUAUUCAGCUGGUGGAAACGAGAGGCAUUAACACCUUGGGACUUUAUCGAAUAGGAGGAGUUAACUCUAAAGUGCAGCGACUGAUGACGUCGGCAUUUGCAAACAAAGCUUCCACAGAUAUGGACCUGGAUCCAGACACUUGGGACAAUAAGACCAUCACUAGUGGCCUGAAGAAUUACCUCAGAUGUCUGUCUGAGCCUUUGAUGACGUACAGACUUCACAAAGACUUCAUUAUGGCUGUCAAGUCCGAUGACCAGAACUAUAGAGUCCAAGCAGUUCAUGCCCUGGUCCACAAGUUGCCCGAGAAGAACAAAGAGAUGCUGGAUAUUCUAAUUAAGCACCUGGUCAAGGUGUCUACUCACAGUCAAAUGAACCUGAUGACGAUUUCCAACUUGGGCGUGAUUUUCGGUCCCACACUGAUGCGCUCUCAAGAGGAGACGGUGGCAGCUAUGAUGAAUAUCAAGUUCCAGAACAUAGUGGUGGAAAUUUUGAUUGAGAAUUAUGAGAAGAUCUUUCAGCAACCUCCAGACCCCAACGUGCCCCUACCUCAACCUCAGUCCCGUUCAAGUUCUCGCCGAACCAAGGCCAUCUGCCUAUCCACAGGCCCCCGCAAGCCGAGGGGCCUGUACACGCCAACGCUGUGCCUCGCCGACGCUGAUAGUGAUACGUUCAGCAGCAGCCCUAGCAGCACCCCCAUGGGCAGCAUCGAGUCCCUGUCCUCGCACUCCUCAGAGCAGAACAGCUUCUCCAAACGGGGCCCCUCCAACCUGCCGAAGCAUAAGUCCAAAGGCAGCCUGUGCUGGACUCCAUCCCAGGUGUCCUCCAACGGGCCGAAGAGCUCCACCUACACCACCAGCCCGGACUCUAGCUCCAAGGAGGAUGCAACGAAGACUGAUGGGGAGUCUGAAGACACCCAGAGCCUGUCCUCCGUCACCACGGCUGGGAGGCGAUCUCCUGCACUGGACAUGGCUGAGAAAACCGCUCAGAACCUGCCUGACCACAAAACACCAGAACUGAACCGUUCAGCCGCACCGUCGCUCAGGUCAUUGCAUAUCUCUGAAGGUCAGAGAAGCCAUAGUGGUUCCAUCCAGAGUCUGGCAUCCUUGCACCAGACGGAUACUCCAGCAUCCCACAGCAACCCAGACUUACCCCCCAAACUGACCUUAAGGCGCAGACCAGAAGCCUCCACCACUAACGGCUAUCAGAGACCUGGAUCAAUAGUUGCUGCAAAAGCGAUGCUUUUCGAAAAGCCAGCUUCCCCACAGCCUCCUGCAGCUGGCAGAGAUGCAAAGGCGAUGUACUCCUGCAAGGCAGAACACAGCCAUGAACUGAGCUUUCCCCAGGGGGCGCUAUUCACAAAUGUACAUCCUUCUGUGGAACCUGGCUGGCUCCAAGCAACCUAUGAAGGAAAAACAGGCCUCGUCCCUGAGAAUUAUGUCGUCUACCUCUGACAAGUUCUGAAGACGGAGCCAAAUAAAUACAUUUCAUGGUAUCCAUGUUAUCAGCUCCCUGUAAACGAGCACUGCGAGAUCAGCUUCACGUUUGCACGGCUGCUCUUGUGAACCAGUGCAUAGCUAAUAUGCAAUAAAACUCACAACCUCACCAGUGGAGUAAAUUCAUUUGCUAACAGUUUGUUUCACAUGGAAAUAUUAAUUUAUGAAACCAUAUGAAAUUAAAGAUUUGUUAAAUAUUGCAGUGUAUACACUUUUAAAUGGAGAUAUCGUUAAUAUUAUACACCUCAAAUCUGACCUCAGAUUUUCAUGUAUUUGAUUGUAGAACCAUUUCGUAUUUGAUAUACAAGUCAUUUAUUCCACCUGAAAGACCUUAAUUGUACAGUAAGCUAUUGCUGUAAUUUUGUUUCUUUCAUGCAUUCUUAGCAAGCCUUGUGAGACAUAUGCUGUAGCUGCUAAAGAUGGAACCACUUGCUGCUUCCUCUAGAUCAGUCCAUACACCUCUGACAAGGCACCGAAAUCACAUUUACGUCGGGCACAAGCAGCUUUGUCAUAUCACACCUAUCCGUAUAAAUGAGAUUCAUUUCGUUGGGACGACAUGCUGUAGAAUGUGUUUCUCAACAUUUUUGCAGCGCAACUCAAUUUUUAGCAUGACAGCUCAGUUGCAAACCUGUAUGAAGUAUAGGUCUAAAUGAACACUAUGAUCACGUGCGCAGUGCACUCUGCAAUUUACACGAAUCAAUGCUUAUCGCACAAAUCUGAUUGGAUGUGCCAGUGAAUUUUUAAUUUUGGAUUGGUUGAGCGUUCACUAGUUCUGUGCUAAGCAUUUGCAGACCCAAGACCCAUUUAUAUAGGUUAACUCUAGGAUUAGGGCUGGGAAAUCUGACCGUAGAUCAGCAUUGGAGCCUGCUGGUUUUGAAAUUCUUACAUUUCCAACCCUGUCAGAACUUGCUGUGACCCCAAUUUGGCAGUUGCUGUAAUAGCUUUAAAAAGUAAAAAGAAAAGUGUGUGUGUGUGUGCGUGUGCGUGUGCGUGUGUGUGUGUGUGUGUGUGUGUGUGUGUGUGUGUGUGCGUUCACCAUAUACACAACAAAAAUAGAACAGACUAAGAUGUAGUGUAAAAAAAAUGGCAGAUUUUUUUACAGUGCACUUUUAACAAACACUGAGGUACGCAGUAUAUUCAGAUUUCUUUCAUCCCUUUAUGUUCUCUGUGCUCAGAAACAUGACCGAUAGUUAAAUCCCUAUGGUGACUAAAUGUACCAUAUAAAUGAAAGGUUAAUAUUUAAUAAUAUUUUUUUCGUAUUGUUUUGAUUCAGGCAAGUAAAGUCGUUCAAACGUUCCUGUAGACACAUGCUAUCAGUACACUAUUUUUUUUCAGAUUUCUUUCAGCUGAAGGGCAUUAUCGUGCAUUAUACCCUUGUUCAGUUCAUCACUGAUUAUUUUAUGUUGUUAUACCUGCCAGAGGCCUGUUGAAUUGGAUUAAUGGACAUCAAUUCAGUGUACAGAACGUGCAUAUUGUUAAUAUCCUUGCUACGUGUUUUAUAUAAUUUUUCUUCUUUAUUUUAGUAGUGCACUGGUGCACUAACAUUGUGCAUAUGGCAUCAUAGCAAGUAGCAUAUGCUGUAAGAAAUAUUGAUCAUUAAAUACUGAAUAUGUAGUUUAGCUGUAAAAUGUAACUGUAGGUAGUAAACUGAAGCAGGUGGAACACCAGCCUACGUACCAGUAUGUAAAAUGUUUUCUAUUUAAAUAUUUUUCUUUUAUCAGCAUGUACCCAUUUUGCCAUAUGUACUAAAGAGGUAUAGAAGUCUUGCUUUCUUGUUUUGCAAGUGUUAAUAAACUGUACAUGGUGAUUUUAUUAUUUUAAAAACUGGUAUUAUUGUAAAAAUGUAAUAAUUGUUGUGAUUGUUAGAUGCCAUAAUAAUGUUAAUAUUUUUACUGCAUGUUCAACCCCCCCUCAUAAAUUUUUGGCAAACAGCCCUCAGUGUACUAAGUAUAAACGAGAGGACAAGAUCUCACUUG